AACUGUGUUCAGUGUCAGACAACAUUGAAGAUGGCGGCACUUGGAGUAGGGCGUUUGGCCCGAGCCCUGCGAAAGGCUGGAGGACAAGGACUGGUACACCGGGUUUUGGCUGCAAGAGCAGCUUCUGGAGUUACCAAGGAUAUGCUUCCUGGCUCAUUCCCUGAAACCCCAGACGAGAUAGCUAAAGCUGCUAAGAAGUACAACAUGACAGUACACGACUACAAGCCACAUCCGGAUGAUGGCAUGGGAUUUGGUGACUACCCCAACCUGCCUGCCCGGUCCCAGCAUGAGAGGGACCCCUGGUACCAGUGGGAUGACCCAGAGCUCAGGAAGAACUGGGGAGAGCCGAUGCACUGGGACUUCGACAUGUACAUAAGGAACCGUGUGGACACCUCGCCGGCCCCCAUGGACUGGAAGACCAUGACCGCCACCCUUGGAGGGUUCUUUGGCAUCAUGAUGUUGUUUUUCGUCUUGGGUGAAGUCUUCCCGUCAUACCAGCCCGUGGCACCUAAGCAGUAUCCAUUCAAUAACCUCCAUUUGGAGAGAGGAGGGGACCCAGACAAAAUGCCAGAAGAGGAGGCUAAGAACUAUAAAAUCUAAAGUGUUGUUGUAUAUUUGUUCUGUUUCUGUCAUCUUAUCUUAAUAAAGUGGUAACUUAAACCAUUUA